AAUACAUUUCUUUUUACAUUUUCUGAUCCCCACCUUCAGUCUUGUGGCUGCCCGGAGAGCUGGACGGCCUCGACGUGCCCGAGCCCGAGUGAAAGUUCGAUUUUGCUUUCUACCUCGAAUCCCGACGAAAUAUGUCGGCGGUCUGUGCAGUCUGACCAAUCUGAGGAUGCACCUUUUAUCUAUCAGUUUUAUUUUUACCGACAAUUCGGAAUCGUUGCACCCCAAUGAGAGAAUUCACGGAUCCUUCUUGGACGUCGCGCGUGUGACAAAAUGAAGAGGCGGUACAGUGCCAAGUUGUAUCCGGGUACGACGUGUCGCAAGGUCCUUCUUUGCCUCGCGAUACUAUACUCCCUUCUCGUAAACUCCCAGCAGCAAGAUGCUCGGGAAUCAUGGAAGAAACUCUCGAGUUUGUUGCCAGCCAAUUCGGUGUAUGACAAACAAGAAUCCAUUGAAAACGUCGACGAACAACCCCUGAAAGAUGCAUCAGGUUCUCCGGGCGAAAAUGAAAAUAACGUUAUGGGCGAGAAGGCAUCUCAGGAAGAUGAAGAAAUUUACAGCGACGAGUAUGAGCUUGAACCCCACGUAGAUGAGGCUGAAGAAUUUGAGAAUUCGCAACCGGAAAAGGCGACGAAACCAACAGAAAAAAAAUUGUCGACAGAUGCUGUAGAAUCCGAUGGGAAUUCUUCUCAGGAGCCUCAGGACUAUACAGCGACUAAUCAAUAUGAUUCAUAUUACUAUUAUGAGGACUAUGACAACAAUACUCAUCCCCAUUACGCCACUGUGGACAACGGCGAGUAUGAGAGCAAUGAAAAUUCAGAAACAACUAUAGAAAUCAAAGAGACGAUCACUGAACCUACGCUCCCGGAGAAAGCAUCCUCGAUGCAGGGAAGCGACAGGCACUACGUCGUCGCUGAGGUACCACGGGAUCCUCAGGACUCAUUGAAUCUGGACAAGUCAUUCCUGAUUGGCGAGGCCGUCGUGUCGGUGGUGACGACGAAGAGUGUUGUCAAUGGGACCAUUUCUGUGCCUGUGACGGCACUGCCUAUGACGACCCAACAGAUUCUGGCACCACCGACGAACUUCAAGAUCUCGUCUAGCCCAGAAACUGAAAAUGAGGAUGCAGAUGGUAUGCGUUUUUCUACUUCCGCCUUGAUCGACACCACAGAGAAUUCAAGAAUUGUCGCUUCCGUACAGACCAGUCGCAGCAUUUCCGGCGCUAGGUUCCUUCCCUUCCCGGUUGUUGAGCAGGUCGAACAGGUUGCUCCUGGAAGUGGCUCUAAGAAGACUUCCGGUUCGGUAGAAUCGACCGAAAGCAUCAUAGAUAAAUUGGAUAGAGUUCAGUCUGAGCUCUCCAGUGGAUUUUUGACUGGUGGUUUCAGAACUGCCGGAAAUACGCUGCAGCUGGAUGUUCUGAAUGAGCGGGAUCAGUCUAGAAGGAGAUACACCACAACCGGAAGGACACCGGUUAUCAGUAAAUUCGUUCCCUUUCGCUAUAAUUCUAAUAGAAAGACCACUACGCCGAGGAGCAGAGUUCCAGAGAAAACUGUCGACAGUUUAGAUGGUUUACUCCCACCUGAUUUUCCUACUAACAGGGCUUUGUCCGCCAUUGGCAGAAGUGCUGUCAAGGGUUCUUCAUUCAAUUCUACAUUGAACAAUCAAGGAAAGAAUAAUCCUAGACCUUCGGCUAAACCAAAGAGCACUGUUGUUCAGGAUUUGACUGGUCUUCUUCCACCUGGUUAUAAAUUGAAAAAAGAAGACACUGCCACCACUGAGAAGAAUCUGCUGGCUGAGAUCUUGUCAAAGUCUCAGAAAAAUAUUAGCAGCAAUCGCUCUUCUUCGGUGCAGGAUGUAAGUGCUUUCCUACCACCUGGUUAUAGGUUGAGAAAUACUGAGUCAACAACAGAGAAAAAUAUUCUUAGUGAUAUUUUGGCAAAAACAAAGAAAGAGAAUGCUAACAGACCACCAGCCACGCCAGAUCUGUCUGCUCUUCUGCCACCUGGUUACAAAUUGAAGAAGGAAGAUUCAUCUGUCACUGAGAAAAGUUUACUGAGUGAUAUUUUGGCCAAAUCCAAGGUUGAUAUCUCUGCUUUGCUUCCUCCUGGUUACGAGAAAAAAGUGAAUGAUUCAAAGAUCACUGAAAAACCUAACAAUUCUCCAACAGAAAAGAGUCCAGGAAAAUCGAUCCAGGAUCUCUUUGCAAAAUCGGAUUCUGAUAUAUCUGCCCUGCUACCUCCUGGUUAUAAGGAAAAGUUUGGAAAUAAUAAUCAAGCUAAGAGUAACUCUUCGCCUCCUAUAGCCACAGAAUCUCCAGUAGUAUCUACGACCAAAGCUGGUGGUCUCAAAAUCGUAUUUCCAAGUAGACCUGGCGGAAGAAAACCGAUACAGAGGAUCACUACACCACAUCCGGUCAGAGGAGAAGCACCCGGGGCAUUCACCCCCAAGAUCCAAAAAGGAUGGCCAACCAGAGCAACCACUGAAUUUACCGGGUGGCCAUCUUCUUCAACAACUCCAAUAUCUAUUGAGAAACUUUUGGAAGUAGCUAAAACGGCCACCGUUGGUACCAUUGGCGCUUCCAGCAGUUUGGCACCUAGUGCGGCACCUACAACCUCCACUACCACAACGACGACGACCACUCCUAGACCCACUACUCCUGGAACUUGCGAGGAAGAAUGCGAACUUGCUGGAACUAUUCGUAUAGUCGGGAACACGACUUGGGUGCCAGAGCUGCUUGAUAGGAACACGCACGAGUGGCAGGAACUUGCUGAUCAUGUCGAAAGAGAAAUGAACAUCGUCUUCUCGAAGUCUGAUCUAUUGCGGAAAUGGUACAGGAAAAUCAGAAUCGACUCUUUCAGCCAAGGAAGCAUUCUGGUGGAUUAUUUCGUGGAACUGGCUGAUCUUCAUGAGAAAAUCAAUACGCAAGAAUUAAAAAGGAUCUUCCACGAUUCCUUGACGACUGACAACAUCAAUCAGGCCGAUGACGAAAGAGUAAAAACACAAUUGAAACUUGGCUCUUUUGCCAUCGAUCCAAAAUUCACGGAUUUCAUUGUUCUGCCAAAAGUCAAUGCUCCUCUGUACACAGAGAAUAAUGACACUCUGAUACCCCAAUGGGCAAUAGCAGUAAUUGUCAUUGGUGUUGGAGGAUUAUUGUUCAUCAUAGUCUUCGGUGUCUCUGUUCUAAUAAAUCGACAAAAUGUCACUAAACUCAAACCGACCAUAUCCACCGUGUAUGAGGAUAGUGUUGCUAAAAAUAUGAUUCACGGCAACCACAACGCACCUAUUCAGCGAUCAAGCGAUUAUUCUAAAUCAGAAACAACAACUAUUUGGAACGACGUGGACAGCAGUUGGAAUGAGAAAUCAUACGAGUCGACUUCUAACAAAAUUUUGAUGGACGGACCCAUUCACGAUGACAAAAGAUACAAUGUCUACGACAGCUGGCGAUCCGAAUGGAAUGGAUAUUAUUACAAUCCGUCGCAGAGCAGUAGCAGCAAAUUUGCUGGCUACGACAGCACCACAAAUUUAUCUCGGCAUCAUCCUGAUUAUGACACGAAUUUUUAAAUUGGACCAAUAAAGCUACUACCUUUGAAA